GGACUCUACUUCAUUUCGCUUCGUUCGUUGCAGCCUCUACAGAACCAAACCAAAUAUUUCAAUCAGUUUUCCGUGGUCGAUCUCCGAACUCGUCACUCUCUCUUCUUCGCCAAUGUCGGUUCUAGGGUUUCGCAGGAGCUCCACUGCCUUCUCUCUCCUCACAAACACAUCGUUCUUUCCGCAUUCGCUCGAGUAUUUCCACAGAAGAGUCUUUUGUUCUGUCUCCAACGAUUUCAACGUCCGUGAUUCGAUUUUGCCGGUUCUGAUCGUCGGUGCAGGCCCUGUUGGUCUCGUUCUCUCUAUACUCCUCACCAAAUUAGGGGUCAAAUGUGCUGUUUUGGAGAAAAGCAGGACUUUUUCUAAACAUCCUCAGGCACAUUUCAUCAACAAUCGCUCCAUGGAGGUGUUCCGCAAAUUGGAUGGACUGGCAGAGGAGAUCCAAAAGUCCCAACCACCAGUAGAUCUGUGGAGAAAAUUUAUAUAUUGCACAUCACUUUCGGGUUCUAUCCUUGGAUCAGUAGACCAUAUGCAACCUCAAGAUUUUGAGCAAGUUGUUAGCCCAGUCUCUGUUGCACAUUUCUCACAGUACAAGAUAACUAGAUUACUUCUAAAGAAGCUUGAAAACCUCCAUUUCCAUGUUCGCACUGGUUAUGGAUUGGGAGGCUUUGAUUGCGGGCCAGUGGGGGAAAGGGAGAUAUUGAUGGGCCAUGAAUGCUUAUCGGUUGAUGCCACUGAUGAUUGCCUUAACGUCACUGCGUCUUUUUCGGGUGGCGGGCAGUAUAAGGAGAGAACUAUUCAAUGUGGUUUCCUUAUUGGCGCUGAUGGUGCUGGAAGUACAGUGAGAAAGCUCGCAGGAAUUGAGUUGAGAGGCGAAAGAGACUUGCAAAAUCUUGUUAGUGUCCACUUUUUAAGUAGAGAGCUAGGUCAUUACCUACUCAAUCAGAGACCUGGUAUGCUCUUUUUCAUCUUUAACACUGAAGCGAUUGGAGUUCUCGUUGCACAUGAUUUGAAGGAAGGAGAAUUUGUUUUGCAGAUCCCAUUCUAUCCUCCUCAGCAGAGGUUUGAGGAUUACACCCUUGAGAUGUGUGAGAGGAUAAUCUUCAAAUUAGUGGGCCACGAGCUUGCAGACAUAGAUGUGCUUGAUGUUAAACCAUGGGUGAUGCAUGCUGAAGUUGCUGAGAAGUUUGUGUCAGGUGACAAGCGGAUAAUACUUGCCGGUGAUGCUGCUCAUCGUUUUCCUCCUGCUGGUGGUUUUGGCAUGAAUACCGGCAUUCAGGAUGCUCAUAAUCUUGCCUGGAAGUUGGCUUCUGUGUUAAAAGGCAUUUCUCCGUAUUCAGUUAUGCAGACUUACGAAAUGGAACGCCGUCCGAUUGCCAUUUUUAACACAGCACUUAGUGUCCAAAAUUUUAGAGCAGCCAUGGAAGUUCCAGCUGCCCUUGGUCUUGAUCCGUCUGUUGCAAACUCAGUACAUCGGGUCAUUAAUCAUGCGGUUGGUUCCGUGUUCCCACAUGGAUUGCAGAGGGGAAUUUUGGAUGGGAUAUUCAUCCUAGGUCGUGCACAGCUGUCGGAUUUUAUUUUGAACGAGAAGAACCCACUUGGAUAUUCAAGGCUUGCUAAACUCAGGCGUAUAUUUGAAGAAGGAAAGAGUCUUCAGCUCCAGUUCCCUGCUGAGGAUCUCGGUUUUCGGUACGAUCAAGGAGCAGUUGUUCCCACUGGCUGUACAAAAUCAGACAUACGAGAACUACCAACAGGUCGUCGACAGGAUUAUGUCCCCUCUGCAGAUCCCGGAGCAAGGUUGCCUCACAUGAAUGUUAGGGCAUUAGCAAACCUCUCCAGUGAGGAAACAUUUUCAACGCUGGAUCUCGUUUCCGGAGACAAAAUAGAGUUUCUUCUAAUUAUAGCCCCAGUGGCGCCGUCUUACCAUCUAGCUCACGCUGCUUUCAAGGUGGCGGAGGAAUUCAAAGUUUCUGCUAGAGUAUGUGUGAUGUGGCCACAUGGUGCAGCUAAUGGAGUUGAUGUAGGCAGCGAGGAAGCACUGUUGCCUUGGAAGAAUUACAUAGAUAUUGUGGAAGUGAAGCAGAGUUCGACUUCAUCAUCAUGGUGGGAUAUAUGUCAGAUGACAAGUAGAGGAGCUAUCUUAGUUAGGCCGGAUGACCAUGUUGCUUGGCGGGUGAAGUCGAGUGUUUUUGGUGAUCCUUAUGUAGAGAUGAGAACGGUUUUUUCCACCAUUUUGCGAUUAAACUCCACUCACUUAUAGACGUCUAUGGUUUUAAAUCUUGACGAAGUUGUACUCCCUCCUUAUAUCGUCUGAAACACAAGCAUUUUGGAGAGAAGUUGCUGAUUCAAAAUUUUCUACUGGUGAUUUCGUCAAGUGUCCACAGAGGCUAUGGAGAUAUCCUGUUUUGAGCAGCUACAGAGAACUGCUUUUCUUUAUCUAGCUUGGUUUUUGCAGCAGCUUGCAUGCACCAAGUUUAUUUGAAUUUUAUGUAUGUAUCUGCAAGAUAGAUAUUGUGCAUAGGAUUUGUUUUCGGAACACAAAGUUGUUUUGGUUUGAGUUAUAAAUGAGAUGCAUAUUGUGCA